GAGUUAAAGAGAAAGGAUGUUGAUCUUUGUGCUCCCAUUCUGAGAUGAAUUUGAUUUUAAAAAUGACCAGUACAGUCUUCAAGAACUUAUACAUUAUUGCCAUCCUGAACUUAAAGAGAUAACUAACACAAAUACAUAUAUUGGCCGUAAAGUAAUGUUCAUCUUUGAUGGUCUGGAUGAAAGCAAACUUCCAUUAGAUUUGUGGCAGAACAAGAAGUUGAGUGAUCUAACAGAGAUGUCAUCAGUGGAUGUGUUGCUGACACACCUUAUCAAAGGAAAUCUGCUUCCCAAAGCUCUCCUCUGGAUAACAUCCAGACCAGCAGAUGCCAAUCUCAUACCCUGCAUCAACCAAAGGACGAGGGUUCAAAGACAAACAGAAAGAGUAAUAUUCCAGGAGAUGGUUCAUUGACAAGCGAUUCCGUGAAAAGAAGCUGGCCAGUAGAAUUAUGUCAUAGACAAAGGGAAUGAGGAGUGUCUACAUCAUGUCACAUACCAGUCUUCUGUUGGAUUACUGCAUUGGUUUUUGAGGAAAUGUUGUGUGAAGAUGAGUGAUGAGAUCACAACUCUUGACUGAGAUGUACACUCACCUUGUGUUUAUUCAGACAGACCUAAAUAAUAAGAAGUAUGAUGGGCAAAAUGAGCAUGAUCCACAAAGAAUCCUGGAAAAAAACAAAGGAAUCAUUCUCAAACUGGGGUAGCUGGUAUUUGAUGAGCUGGUAAAGGGAAUAUCAUAUUAUGUGAGGAUGACCUGAGACAGUGUGGAAUUGAUGUCAGUGAAGCAUCUGUGUACUGCUUUGAAGGUGUACUGCUUUGUUCUCCUGAGCUUUCAGGAGUUUCUUGUUGCUCUUUAUGUGUUAUACUGCUGUGUGACCAAUGUCAUGACGUUGGAUUGAUUAAUGUGACGACAGCUGUUCAUCAAAUGAUUAACUGUUUAAAUGUGAUUAAAUUAAUCAGGUAAUUAUUAAGUCAGUAACCUGGGGCACCAUGGAAGAGUUUCUAUUUCCCAAAUGAACUCAAAGGAUAUCAGAACAUUGAUUUUACAACAGUCGCAAAUGUAUUUAUUUCCUCUACAGUCUCAUUCUGAACGUGGCAUAAUCCGGGAAUCUGCACAAACCCGAGUCCCACUAAAUAAGUCCGUACCACACCACUUGAGUUGAUUAUUUAUUUACUAACAAGCUAAAAUUAUAAUAUAAGAUACACAUACACACAAUGUGAGCUAUUGAUUAGAACUUAGUACACUGAAACACAUCCCUAGCGGGCCAACACAAUAUGAUGUGUGUUACACAAAAUGGGGAUUUCAAAAGAGAGAGAAAGAGAUAGAGUGCAUGAGAGAAAAGCACACUUGGGUACAUUUGUAAACUACGCUUAGUUUAACCCUAACCUUGCCCAGAACUGCUUCUGGGUUAGAAUGUAAUGAUGUAAUUAUGUGUCAAAGGUCGCCCUCUGAUGGGGUAUCACCUCGUGGACUUGUUUCACCUUCUCCUCUGAUGGGGUAUCACCUCGUGGACUUGUUUCGCCUUCUCCUCUGAUGACGGCACUUCUUCGGUUACGGGGGUGUAACUGUCUGAUUGUCCCCAAAGUCAGUGUCCUUUCUCUUAGUGGUCUGUUUCCUCGCCUUGUUCUGAAAGAGGGGUCUUCUGAGGACGGCUAAUCUGCCAUAUAGGUGGUUCCAGCGUGGGAAUGAAAGCAGUGUAGACACACGAUUCCUUGGAGAGAAUAAUCGGAUGGUCCUGCUUAGACACAAAAAGGUUCCUUUGUUUUCUUUAGCCCCAUGUUGCGUUUUGGGGUUACAACUCAUUGGACCUUGGCUGCAGCUUGUGGUCCCUAGUCAUAAUGUUCAUUCUUAACUCACAUGUUUUAUACCCUCGGGUCAGAAAUGGACGUUUCUGUCUUUAGGCCAAGUUCUCUGGGCGUAACUAGUUACGAGGCAAGGUCUUGAUUUUACUCAGAUCCAAUUUAGACAAGUAACUUCACAUUUCAUCUUUACAAAAACAUUCUCUUUCAUCUGUACAUUUUCCACACAACGUACAUUCUGAAAACGUCAGGUACACAUGGUAAAAACUCUUCAAGCUAGAAUGUUGUUUUCGUUAUAACAUCGUCUUAACUUUUAAUAACAUAACAAAAACAACAUUCAUUUUCAUGUUCCAUCUAUCGUCAUUGCUAACAUAUUGGCUGACAAAACAUAUUGUCACAAAGUCCAUUUAUUGCAUGUUACUGUUCUGGAGUAGGUUCUCCAUAGGCCCAUCAUACAUUCCAUUCAUCCAUACUGAGAGGAAAAGGGGAUUUUGUCUGCUGCCUUAAGAUUUAUAAUGGGCGUGAGGUGUCAUAAAAAAAAUAAUCUCCAUACCUCUCGAUCUCUUCCCCACUGAUGGGUGUGAAAGAUAACCUGACCCAAACAGGCCAGUCAUGACACCAAGAACAUCAAGAGCCUGGAGUCUUUUAUGAAGAAUGUGUCUACAGAGCUUCCCUUGAAUGAGUUGCUAAAGAUGAUUGUGGAUAAAGCCUUGAGAUUGAUAAUGGACACCUGGACCUGUUCAUCUGCUUCUUUCUUGGCAUCUCACUGGGAUCCAAUCAGUCUUCUAAAAGGUCUACUUCCACAGACACUGAACUGCUCAGAUGCUUUUGAGGAAACUAAGGAAUACCUCAGGGAGCCUUCCAUAAGGAAUGUCUCACCUGAUAGGUACAUCCAUCUCCUCCUCUGCUUGACUGAGAUGAAAGACAACUCUGCACAUGAGGUUCCUGGAUUCAGGAUAUAAAACAGACACAACAUUUUCAGAAACAAACUGCUCAGCACUGGCCAAUGCACUGCUGAUGCCAAGGUGUGUUCUGGGUGAGAUUGAUUUGAGGAAAUACAACAUAUCAGAAGAGAUGUAAUGUAGGAAGGCAAAACUGCCUGACUUUACACCUUCUGAGGAGUACUGUGAAACACUGGCCUCCAUUCUACCAUCAGCAGACUCACCUCUGAGAGAGCUUGACCUAAAUGUCAGAGUGACACUGCAUAAUUAAGAUUUGUAUUAUGACAGGGGGGUUCGGGAUGUUGAGGAGCACAGACGGAAUGUUCUUUUUGAUUCACUGAAAGAGCCACACCUUUAACUGGAGACACUGAGGCUGUCUGGCUUCACUCUCACACUCACAUGCAAGCAAUGUGAAUCACUGGCUUCCAUUCUCCAAUCUGCAGACUCACCACUGAGAGAGCUUGACCUGAGGAACUUUCAACUGUUUUAUGAUGAUGAUCAUGAUGAUUAUGAUGAUGAUGGCAAAAUGACAAUCCUCCUUACUUCAUUGAAAGGUCCACACUCUAAAUUGGAGACACUAAGGCUAAACAGAUGUUCCCUGACCAAGAAAUGUUGUGAAGUGUUGGCAUCAGCUCUCAAGGCAAGCCUCUCUUCCCUGACAAAACUGGACCUGAGUCACGAUGACCUGCACGAUACAGGAGUGAAAUGGCUCUCCACUGGUCUGCAGAAUCCAAACUGUAAACUAGAGAUACUAAGGCUAUCAUUCUGUGGCGUGACAGAGGAGGACUGUAAUUAUCUGGCAUCAGCUCUGAGGUCCAACCCCUCCCAUCUUAGAGAGCUGGACCUGAGCUUCAAUCACCCAGAAGAAUCAGGCUUGAAGGUUCUUUCAGCUAGACUGGAGGAUCCACACUGUAGACUGGAGAAACUCGACGUGGACCAUAAUGAAGAGUUCUGGGUGAAACCAUGGCUAUUUAGGAAGUAUGCUUGCAAGCAAACACUGGACCCAGACACAGCACACAGACGCCUCUCUCCCUCUGAGAGGACCGAACAGGUGAGGGUGAUGGAAAAUAAUCAACAAUAUCCUGAUCAUCCAGAGAGGUUUGAACACUGGCCACAGGUGCUGUGUAAAGACGGUCUGACUGGGCGAUGUUACUGGGAGGUACAGUGGAAUGGGAUUGAGACUAAAAUUGGGGUGCACAGUGGAACAGGAUUGAGACUAAGAUCAGGGUGCACAGUGGAACAGGAUUGAGACUAAGAUCGGGGUGUACAGUGGAACAGGAUUGAGACUAAGAUCGGGGUGCACAGUGGAACAGGAUUGAGACUAAGAUCGGGGUGUACAGUGGAACAGGAUUGAGACUAAGAUCGGGGUGCACAGUGGAAUGGGAUUGAGACUAAGAUCAGGGUGCACAGUGGAACAGGAUUGAGACUAAGAUCGGGGUGUACAGUGGAACAGGAUUGAGACUAAGAUCGGGGUGCACAGUGUAAUGGGAUUGAGACUAAGAUCAGGGUGCACAGUGGAACAGGAUUGAGACUAAGAUCGGGGUGUACAGUGGAACAGGAUUGAGACUAAGAUCGGGGUGCACAGUGGAACAGGAUUGAGACUAAGAUCGGGGUGCACAGUGGAACAGGAUUGAGACUAAGAUCGGGGUGUACAGUGGAACAGGAUUGAGACUAAGAUCGGGGUGUACAGUGGAACAGGAUUGAGACUAAGAACGGGGUGUACAGUGGAACAGGAUUGAGACUAAGAUCGGGGUGCACAGUGGAAAAGGAUUGAGACUAAGAUCGGGGUGCACAGUGGAACAGGAUUGAGACUAAGAUCGGGGUGUACAGUGGAACAGGAUUGAGACUAAGAUCGGGGUGCACAGUGGAACAGGAUUGAGACUAAGAUCGGGGUGUACAGUGGAACAGGAUUGAGACUAAGAUCGGGGUGCACAGUGGAACAGGAUUGAGACUAAGAUCGGGGUGCACAGUGGAACAGGAUUGAGACUAAGAUCGGGGUGCACAGUGGAACAGGAUUGAGACUAAGAUCGGGGUGUACAGUGGAACAGGAUUGAGACUAAGAUCGGGGUGUACAGUGGAACAGGAUUGAGACUAAGAAUGGGGUGUACAGUGGAACAGGAUUGAGACUAAGAUCGGGGUGCACAGUGGAAAAGGAUUGAGACUAAGAUCGGGUGCACAGUGGAACAGGAUUGAGACUAAGAUCGGGGUGCACAGUGGAACAGGAUUGAG